UUGUUUUUGGUUUAAGGUUUUGGUUAUGUUCUUAUUGUUUUUAUUAUUCAUUCUAAUUUUUUCGUUCUGAUGUUUUUUUUUUCUAAUUAUCUGGUUAUGAUUUUUAGUUCUAAUUAUUUGUGCUAAAAACAUAAAUUUAUUUACAAAGAUUACCUUUAACUAUGAGUUUCUACUCACUGCUUCUGGCGCAUCUAAUCACAUAGGAGUUUCUACUCUUGUUGCAUAUUCAAUUUCUGAAAAACAGCAAGAAGAGAUAGAAGAAAAUAUGGUUACAAAGCCGUUGAAGUUUUCGGUUUUGACAUUAUAUUUUUGGUUCCCUUCAUUGUUUCACUUGCAUUGGUUAGUUUCUUUUUUUCUUUUUUUCUGAGGCGAAGCAAAUGCUUCUUGGAAUAUCUUGGGCAUAUUUUAGAAAAAUGCUAAUAUUAGGAUAUAUGACUAAUGUAUGUUAAUUCUAAUGGGGUAUUUAAAGUAUGUAUUUAACUUUGUUUAACUUUGAAUUAUGUUAGAAAUUGUGAUAUAUGAUUUAAAAACCGAAAAACCGAACCAAACAAAUCCAAUUAUGUUUGGUUUGGUUUGGAUGGCUUUAGAUAAAAAACGAACCAAACUAAACCGAUCAAAUUUUAUACGGUUGGAUCUGAUGAUUUUUUCUCUAAAAACCGAACCAAAAAUCGAACACCACUAGUUAUUAUACUGAUCUAGGACUGAGAUUUUACUUGAAAAAACGCACAAGUCCGCAAGCUCAAGUAAACUCUUGUCGCAGAUUCGUACAUGCAUUGAAUUAUUCAUCACAAAUGUAGUUGUUAUUAUGCUUAACUUGUUCUCCUAAUAUAUAUAAUGUUGACGUACUUGAUCUUUCUGCAUUUUUUCCAAUCAUGUUUAUAUUGUUUGUUUUGAUAAGUUUCUUCUUUGAGCAGAUAGUUUGCUCAUGCUUUCGUGGUACUAGGAAGGGGAAUGAUAAAGACUUUGUCACUUCCUUGCCAAGUAUGUAUAUAUAUUCUGAUUGUAGUUUUAUUCAUCUUUCAUUUUCAUGCAUUUUCUUCAAUCCCAUUCUCCGUGUUUACAAAAAAAAAAAAAGAUAUUUUUCCUGCUAUUUUGCAUGGAAUGUGUAGAAUGUUUGGGGAAAAGGGGAGUCAUGGUAUCAACAUCAACAAGGGUUGCAUAUGGAACUUGUUGCUAUUUUGCAUGGAUAAGUGUAGAAUGUUUGGGGAAAUGUAAUUGAAUUGUUAUCCUUCUACGAAAGGUAUUUAGAUUGUCUUCCAAAAGGUUCGAAAAUCAUAGGCGCUUUAAUUGUAAAGGAACAAUGAUGGAACUCAGUAUUACACAACCUGAUGAUUGGCAUCUUCACCUCCGUGAUGGUGACCUACUUGAAGGUGUCAUCCCUCACAGUGCCAAGCAUUUCGGAAGGGCAAUAGUGAUGCCUAAUUUGAAACCACCCAUCACUACUACUGCAGCUGCUUUGGCUUAUAGGGAGUCCAUUCUGAAAGCAUUGCCUAAAGAUAGCAGCUUCACUCCUUUGAUGACCCUUUACUUAACAGAUAUGACAAGCCCUGAUGAGAUUAAACGUGCAAAAAAGAGUGGAGCUGUUUAUGGUGUGAAGUUGUAUCCUGCUGGUGCUACCACAAAUUCUCAAGAUGGUGUUACAGAUCUUUUUGGAAAAUGCUUUCCUGUUCUUGAGGAAAUGGUUGAGCAAGAUUUACCAUUACUGGUUCAUGGAGAAGUUACAAAUCCAAAUGUUGAUAUUUUUGACCGGGAAAAGGUUUAUAUUGAAACGAUUUUAGAGCCUUUGGUUCAAAAGCUUCCACAGCUUAAGAUUGUAAUGGAGCAUAUUACUACCAUGGAUGCUGUCAAGUUUGUUAUGUCUUGUAAAGAGGAUUCUGUAGGUGCAACUGUUACACCUCAGCAUCUUAUCCUUAACCGGAAUGCUUUGUUCCAAGGUGGCUUGCAGCCUCACAAUUACUGUCUCCCAGUUCUCAAAAGAGAGAUCCACAGACAGGCUAUUGUUUCGGCUGUCACUAGUGGAAGUAAGAGAUUUUUUCUCGGAACUGAUAGUGCUCCACAUGAAAAGCGUAAAAAGGAAUGCGCUUGUGGAUGUGCUGGCAUAUUCAAUGCUCCUGUUGCUCUAUCACUCUAUGCCAAAGUCUUUGAGGAGGCUGGUGCAUUGAAUAAGUUGGAGGCCUUUACAAGCUUUAAUGGGUCUGACUUCUAUGGCUUACCCAGAAACAAGUCAAAGCUUACUCUAAAGAAGGCUCCAUGGAAAGUACCUGAACUGUUAUCUUUUCCGUUCGGAGACAUCGUUCCCAUGUUUGCAGGCGAAACCCUUGAAUGGGAGGUAUCCCUUAAUUGACUAGCAUUCUUCCUUUUUGACCAAAAUCACUGGUAUCUUUUUUCCUGACAGAAUCCUGAACGAGCUGGGAACAAUUGACACUUUCAGUGGAAAGUGUACAUUAUUUUGGCAUAAUAAAAUAAAUUGCUAAUUUUUAAGAAAUAUAUUCAUGAUUCAUGCAGUGUUUAGACCAAGGGAUUUGUCUGCACUGCAAGGUGACUGUUCUUACAAGUUACAUAAUUGGUUCUCUUUUUUCGUUUUUUGCACCCGUAAGUUUUGCUCUUAAUGUGCAAAUGCUCGUCUUGCUAUCAUUAACUCCUGAAUUAGAUGCUAUGUUCCAAUGGCAUCUUACAUAAUAACUAUAACAUUAUAUUGAACAGCCCUUUUACCAGAGGUGUAUUUAUGUGUUACUUAUGUGUUACAACUUGCAAAUGAAACUAUGGCCACUCUUACCAUUUUAUGUUUCUUGUUUAAAUGCAUACUUGGUCCC